AUGGCAACAUAUCAAGCUUACACUGAAUUCUCCACUGGUGGCGGCUUUGAUAAUUCAGAUUCUAGAAUUGGUUCAUCCGAUGGUGAAGUUAAAAGAACCAACACUUUAACUCCUGUAACUAUUAAGCAAAUAUUGGAAUCAAAACCGCUGGUCCAAGACGGCCCUUUUGUGAUUCAUAAUCAAGAACUACAUUCAAUUUGUUUUGUUGGUGUAAUUAGAAAUAUCUCAGAUCAAACACAGAGUAUUUUUUUAACCAUUGAAGAUGGUACUGGCCAAAUAGAAGUUAGAAAAUGGAGUGAGGAUGCAAAUGACUUGGCCGCUGGAGAUGAAGAUAAAAAUGGUGCUCAGGACUCGCAACUAUCUAAACAACAUGAAAUUGGUUCAUACGUAAUUGUUUAUGGUGCUUUAAAAGAAUUUGGUGGUAAAAAGAAUGUUCAAUACGCCGUAAUCAAGAAUAUUAAAUCAUUCAAUGAGGUUAUAGCACAUCAUUUAGAAGUAAUCAAAUCGCAUGCCAUAGCAAAUGGCAAAAUGAAGGGAGUCGGUGCAUCAAAUGAUCAAGGUCAACAACUGUUUGUUACAGAAGGUUCUGAUGCUGGCGCUCCAUUACAAAGAAUUUUAGAUUUCUGUAAAGAGCAAUGUACUGGUAAAGACCCUAAUUCAUUUGCAGUUGCCAUUCAACUGAUGACACAAACAUUGAACCUUGAUGAAACUGUGGUAAGGGAAUGUUGUAAUACGUUGACUGAACAAGGUUACAUAUAUCCAACAUUUGACGACAACAGUUUCUUCGCUUUGUAG